AAGUUGUAUAUAAGCAACACACUUCUCCUCUCUCACACACACAGUCAUCAGACACGGACUACACAGGAAACAAUCCUUUAUCGAUAGCUCUCAGAGAUGGCAUGGUAUAGAACAGCUCUGUGGCUCAUGCUCUUAUCAGCAGCGUACGACAGAUGCUGCUCUUCUCCUAGUCGGUUCUCCCGCUCCCUCAGCUUGACCCGCACCAUCCGCUCGCGUGUCCAGCAGCUGCUCCUCAGAUACAAAGAAGAACAGUUUGGAAACUCGCACUUUGACGACAAGAGGAUCGUAUUAAACACACUACCAUCAGUCGCCAUAAACUAUCGGACCUGGCUGCAAAUGGAGGACACCGAGCGCUUGUACCGCGCUUCUCAUGACCUUCAGACGUUCUCGAUUCACCUGGAGAGCCAGCGUCUGAGACUGCAGGCAAACAGUGAUCAAGCUGGAGACAUGGAGAUGAGGAAGAGGAACAGGAGAGGAAGGCCAUAUCAGUCCUUGUCCCAGAGCAUUCUGGGAAUUGAGCUGGACCUCCGGGACCUCAUGAGACAAGCCAACUCUCAGCUGCUUAGCAUCAGCACAUUAAAGAAGAUGGACGACAACACAAACACACCUCCUCCGACCACCAGGCUGACAAACCCAUCCUCUUCCAUCUCAAUCUCUCCAUCUGGUUCUGCUCUGGACCGGAUCCUGUCCUCUACUUUGCGCACCACAGACGUCCCGUCCGUCACUCAGCCCAGACAGGUGCAGAAGCAAGCUCCUAAACCUGCAUCAUCUCAGUGGGUGUCCGUCCUCGAGGGCUACGUCAUCCUCCGUGAUCUCGAGAGAUACCUAAGCAGGCUAGUCCGGGAUUACACGCUGCUCCAGGCAAAAUACUGACAGCACGAUUAAGGGUGGAAAAAAAAGCCAAGUGUUUAUCCAUGCACACAUGAGCACAUUCCAAUGCAGCUAAGGCGAGGACUUACAGACCUCAAUUAGCAAUUAUUUAUUUUUGCAAUUUUCUAUUUAUUUAUUUAAAACAAGGUUAAAUUAAUUCUUGACAUUUUUUAUUCUUUGUCUAAUUGUGUCUAGAUUUCCACUUUAAAGUUGCAGAUGCCUCAGGGGGGAAAAAGUGUGGUUUACAAUACGCACUUUCAUAGGAAAUAAAGAAAGCCAUGAUAUGAUUUAUUUAAGGCCUUUGUUUACAAUGUUCUGGGCCAGAAAUAAGCUCCAUCGCACUCACUUUCUUUCUCUUCUCUAAGAAGGGAAUGGAUCAUCUUGUAAUUUAUGGGUCAGUAGAUUAUAGUUUGCGGUAACUGCUGCUUAGGGCAGUGGUGGCUCAAUCGGUUAAGGCUGUGGGUUAAAUGGGUUACUGAUUGGAAGGUUAAGGGGUCGAGCCCCAGCACCACCAAAGUUGCCACUGUUGAGCCCUUGAGCAAGGCCCUUAACCCUAUCUGCUCCAGGGUGCACUGUAUCCUGGGCGACCCUGUGCUCUGACCCCAGAUUCCUAACUAGGAUAUGCAAAAAAAAAUAUUUUAUUUUACUGUAAGGUACAUGUGACAAAUAAUUGACGCAUAAUUAUUAUUCUUUAGUGGUCUACUAGUGUUUAAAAUGUAUCAUUUUAAUCCAAUGUCCUUAUCAUUUCUUUUUGUACUUGACCAAGUAAAAGUGGUGGAAAUGUGGCAGCUGUGAGAACUAAUAGAUGUAAUCUGAGUUAUGUUCAUAUUGGGGAUUCACUUGCUCUGGGUUUGAAAGUAUUUCAAUGUUCCAUAAUACCUUACAACAUUUUUUCAUCUAUACUUGAAGUAUUUAAAAAGUUUUAUCGUAUUGUAAUUUACAUCGUAUUUUUUUUUACCAGUAGUGGUAAAGGAUUUCUGGUUUGAAGUUAUUUCCUGAGAAAAAUGCAAUAAUUAAGUUACUGAAUGACUACAACCAUCUCAAGUGCUUCUACUAGGUAGACGCCACUCGCAUCAGCCCCCAGAGUAUAUAUAACGUACGCACAAGAACUCAUUGCACUUAUCAAUGUUUCGAGUGACCUUAUAGAACAUAUUCUUGGAUUUUCUUACUACUGAAACUACUAAUUGUUUUUUUACUGUGAAACUGAGAAAGAGACCAAGUACCUGCAAUUCUGAACCAUCCAGUAACGAAAGUUAAACUGCUGAAAUAAAAGUUUACACCCGGGCGGGGUCGAACCAUCUCACCGGUUUAAACUGCUUGAGUAUCUUUUAAAGCUGUGAUUUGAAGGCGUUUUCUGUUGUGUAGUCAUUCACCAAAUACGGUAUAGUUUAGACUGUAAUAACCACUAUGGUAUUUCCCAAACAAACCCACACUUCCUCCUUGGUCCGGAAACCAGCCAAUUACAGGACAGCGUGAUUGGUGGUUUUACCCUCCCUCUCCCCCCGUACUUUCCACCCUCGCACUCUUAUUUAUUGUAUUGCUAUUUAUUUAUUUAUUUAAAUUAUAAUGGAAAUGAUGAUUUGUUGUUUGUAUGAAUGUUUAAUUUAUUAUUUUGAACCAUUUCAGUGUUUUAGAGACUUUUAUACUGUAGAUUUACACAAAUAAAAAUAUGAGCAUUGACCAUUGUGUGAGUGGU